AUGCUCGUGCAAGAAAUCCCCAAGGGAUACAACCCGAACGUAUACUUUUCGUCGUCCAUCAAUCUUUCCAAAAAACCGUUGGCGGUGUUUGAAAAACCAGCAACGCCAACGCCACUGAUUGCCGGGGCGGAAUCAGACGCUCAGCUCGACACGCCGGCUGAGCUGACCUCCCUCCAGCGCGGGAAACGAAACACGGGAGUGGUAAACUACAACAUUUCCCAGUUGUCCCAGCAAUCCACCACGACCUACGUUCAACAAACCAGUCAGGCGACCUUGACGCUUCUCGAGGAGCGGAAAUCAAGCAAACGGUUCCAGGAGUUGGACCGUGAAAACUACGCGCAAGACAAGACGUUUGAGAUUCCCAAGAAUGGAUUUACAAAAAAUCGAACCGGGGUCACGCACAAUACCAAACGGAUUCUCGCCUCGCGCAAGAACUUGGGGAACUACAUCGACGAGUUGGACGAUCAGACGAUCGGUUUGGUUUUCAACCUCGAGAGCUAUGAGGAUAAAAACACAACAAACAAGAAUGCCAUCAAGUUGUGUUCCAUCUGUGGGAAUAACGCGUCGAUGAAGUGUGUGAGGUGUGGCGUCCGAUUCUGCUGUUUGAAGUGCAACAAUUUGCACAAUGAUACCAAGUGUACAAGCUACUCCGGGUAG